UAGAUUAGAUCUAGGUCUCUAGAGUCGGGAGAUCAAGCUUUGUCUUUGAAAAGACUUCUCCAGGAAAUCGACACAUGGAGCUGUCCUGUCGUAACUGAUAGUUUGUGACCUUCAAAAUGCCAUUGAACGGCUCUUGUAUCAGUUUCCCUGACAAUCCAAGCCACUGUGAUGCUGUUGUUGUGGCUCGAAAAGUGUCGGGAUCACUGUCACUGAUUGGGGCAAUAUUCAUGGUCUUUGUCAUCUGGCUGUUCAAGAGAUAUGUUGCCUUUUCUCAGCGCCUCACGUUGUAUCUCAGCAUCUCAUCUUUGCUGCACAGCAUUGGGUUUCUUAUGGGCUCAAGAAUUGAUGAUGGACCAUUUUGUGAUUUUCAAGGAUGGUACAUAACAUAUUUCCACUGGCAGGUGAUGUUACUGGUGGGGUGCAUCACGUUCAAUCUGUUCAUGAACGUCGUACGUCUGACCACAACUGCCAAGUUUGAGUGGGUGUAUGUUGUCAUAUGUGCUGCAGUUCCUCUGGUGGUUUCCCUUCUCCCGUUUAUCGACAACGUCUACGGUCCUUCUGGGUCCUGGUGCUGGAUUGUUGAAGACACGAAGUGGAGAAUUGGCAUAUGGUAUGGGCCUCUAUUUACCUUCAUCAUUAUCCUGAUUGCCGUCUACGGAUUCAUCAUCUUCACUCUCCUGCGAAAGGCCUCGACCUGGGAGGGUACUUACGACCCCAACACUCACCGUCAACACCAACUGAUGAAGGAGGACAUUAAGCCGUUGAGGUUUUACCCGUUCGUUUACCUGGCUGUUUCCGUCUUCUCGCUCAUCAACAGAAUCCAGAACGCCAUAUCUCCUGACUACCAUGUGUUCGCUCUUGUUCUGCUUGCCACGAUGACGUCACCGCUUCAAGGUGCCUUGAAUGCUAUCGCUUUUGGAAUCGACAAAGAGAUUUUGUUCAAGCUGAGGCCAAGUGAGAUUCUGGUGGCUUUCAAGUCCAAACUGGCCCCAGGGUCGACGGUCCAGGAAUACCCGCAGCCUGACCGGGAUACUGACCAGCUAGAAAUAUACGUCACUACCGAGGCUUAACCGUUUCCCGAAUAGACCAUUUUCCUCACUGCGAACAUUUUGGCUGCCUGUUUUUUUCUUCCUGAUUGCAAUCAGAAAACUAAACUUUUCUUUUAAAAUUUUAAAGAAACACUGAAAUAUGUUAUGCAUCAAAAUGCAGGUUAUUUAAUUUCUGACAAGAUAGUUCAAAGAAAGAAAGAGAAAAAUCUGAAUGCAAAAUAAUUGUGUGUGUAAGUUUCAAAACAAGACUGUCUGACAGUCCUGUAUAUCCCCAACAAUAGAGCUAAGGUGAAAAACAACAAAGUUUUCUUCCUCAACAGACACCACAUACGCCUUAAAAAUGUUGUUUCCUGUUCUGCAACGGUGAAAGUAAGGAACAAUCCACCAAAUAUUUAUAUAAUAGGAUGUCUGCGAACUACUCACAAGUACUCUUUUAUAUAGGGAGUUGAAUGUUGCUAAGCUUCAGAUGGACUGUUUAUCAGGUCUCUUACAUACCUAGUUUUAUUGACGUCACAAUUUCUUUCAUGGAUGGUGUCACGAUCUAAUUGUGUAACUGGAAGAAAUAUAUCAACACAAUCUUUGUUCUAAACAUCUUGCUAAGGUUGACGUGCCAGUUCUCUAUGAAAAUCAAGAGUCAGUAUGUCGGUAAAUUACGUAAAAGACAGUGGAAUAACUUUUGUGCCUGCUUUCAUCAUUCAAAUCAGAAGCUUCUUUUUAUGUACGAUGAAAAGUUUUCAAGAAACCAGUUACCCCCGGUGAGAGUGCAACACUUUUCAUAUAAUGCCUGGUGUGAGAUAUCGUCAUCGCUGUAGCAAGAACAAUGAUGAUUUCUGUUUGACGGUGCUUGCUAAAAAAUAUUGAGAAUGUCUCCAUUUUUCUUGUAACAAUGAAGAUGUGUUUGAAUCUGGCGUACCAUCGUUUUGGGGGCCUUCUUUCUUUUAAACAAAAUUCAAUGUGAUUUUUUGUUUGUUUGGGAAAUUUAUUAAUUAGCAUCGUUGGUGUAGUAGUUAGGCUCUUCAAGGUCAGUGAGUGGGGACGUUUCAUAUCAGUCAGUGAGUGGGGAUAUUUCAUAUCAGUCAGUGAGUGGGGAUAUUUCAUAUCAGUCAGUGAGUGGGGAUAUUUCAUAUCAGUCACUGAGUGGGGAUGUUUCAUAUCAGUCACUGAGUGGGGAUGUUUCAUUUACUAAGUAUCUCUGUCAGUCGACUGGGAUGUUUUUUUCCCCCUCAGGCCCGGUUGGUCCAGGUAGACAGGAGCAAAGCCGACUGUGUUGAUAGGGGCAGACGCCAUAUUGUUGCAACUACAGCUAGGUAUUUAUUCUAAGUAUACAAAAGACUGUGACUCCAAUUUUGUCAUUGAAGUUUUCAGCAUUAAAAAAAUGUGGCUAUAUAAACAUCAGAAUAAAUUCCACUACAAUUUAACCAAUUCACAGAAAAUAGUUACUGCACCGAGUAGAAAUGAAUGAUCCUGGCAAUGAAAAUACGUGAGGUGCACUGAAAAAAUGAGUUACUUCUCGCAAUCCACAAAUGGAGAUAUUGGCCAAAAAUCGACACUUGGGUCAAAUCUGUAGAUCUUCUAUUGACGCAAUAUUCUUCUUCUUGAACUUGAAGUAUAACAAUGUUAUUAACAUGCUUUUGGUAUUUUACACUUAUAAAUUGUCAAUACUUCACCUAUAAGCGUGAUGUAUAUUAUUUCUAUAAGGCUCGGAUCCGAGAAGUAACCCAAUCUGUCAGCACGCUUCACAUACAGUUUAGUUUGAUUAGAUCUAUAGAUAACAAGGAUUGGCUGGGAUUUGGUAGAUUAUUGUUACAACUGUAAAAACAAGCGAGCGAUGCCUUGGGCUAAUUGAACCUGCAUGUCAUAUAAACGAGGAGUUGACUUUACAACUGCUCAAGACUUCACAAUUUUGUCAACGAGGCCCGACCUGUUUGUUUGUGAUGAUCACUUUUUCCUUCUGUGGUGUAAGACCUGGUGCGAUGAUGAUGUGGAUGGUUGGAGGGUGCCACUGCAAGGUACAUAUGUACUUCCUUUCAUUCACUCUGUUAUGUUUGUCUGCCUGUCGUAUUUACCCCAGUGCUAUUAAUAAAUUAAGCGACCGUUAUGGUGUUAAUGUCCUUCUCUUUAUUUACUCAAACAAACAAAAUGUUGUGGUGCAUAAACUCAACGUCCGAAUUUACUCUUUGUACAUUCGUUUAUAUGUUAUUAUAAGCUUUGUACAUUCGUUUAUAUAUUAUUAUAAGCUUUGUACAUUCGUUUAUAUAUUAUUAUAAGCUUUUGCUUUUACAAAUGUGACUCUGUUUUACAAAAUGUUGAUUUUUGUUGAUGUGGCUCAAUUUGCUCUUUACCACGACCGGUAUGAAUUGCUGUUAUGUAUGUUUGCCAUUUGCUCAUAUUCUGGCAUUGAUUACCUUAUCUGUAUUGACAUCUGUGGUGUAGAGAGGUUAGGUUCUUUGCUGUUGUAUGCUGGAGAUCCGAGUUUGAAUCCGAAGUGGGGAGAAAUUUUUAUGGAGUAUCUUGGUGUUUCUGCUGGCAUGUUGUAACCAUCUCAACCUGGGCUCUUCCUAGCGGGCGGGGAUGGAAACCAAAUUGUGCUGCCCCCGUCGUUUUAUGCAAGAAAAAUUCUGAAAUUAUGCGAACUGAGCCCCAAAAUGCGAAAUUAUGCGAUUCUGUUAAAUUUUAACAAAGAAU